GGAUUGGGCGAUAGUAACUCAGGAACAUCCGCUGCUAACAUUGUGUUACCGAAUUGCGCGUGGGUUUAGUUCAAAAGUUUUGGAACGAAAAUGAGGUUGAUAAAAAUUUGUCUCCUGCUUCUUUCGCUUGCUGGAUGCGAUGCGUUGUUCGGUAUAGAAGUAUCGCCGAACAUACCUGAAGCGACAACCAUUACCAACGCAUGUUCGAAACUCGUGUCCGUAUCGCAGCAGAUCAGACAAUCGGUCAACAAUCUGGGAGAACUGUCGUUCAGUACGUUUCUGCUGCAAAGUGGUGCUACUUCCUUUGUCAGCUCGGUAGCAGACACCUAUACAUCUAUCGCAGCGAUCGCGCAGGAACUGAAUACGGUCACGAAUGCGAACAGCGGCAAUUUGAACACCAUUUUCACAGUUGCUCUUACCAGCAUGAAAGCCUUCACCGCCGUCACGAUAGACGAACGCUUUGCCAAAUGGUUAAUACUGCAGAAUUCCACGCCCGAUUUUUCCACCAUACUCAUCACGCUCAAUGAAGUGAUUGACUUUUUCCAAAACACCCUGCAGCCGGGUAUGCUAACAUUUACGUCGAACAGAAUUUCGCAAACUACGUUCUAUGGCACCAUCCCGAAACAGAAGGUCAGCACCGUAGCCCAAAAGUUAACUGAAAUGGCUGACUACCAUGAGACCGUGGUGCUGCCGUUCAUCAACAGGCUGGGCAGCACGUUCCGGCUGGCCUCUGAUAAGUUGGCCAUGUUUCUCUCGAACAUGGACCAGGCGUUCCAAAGCGUGGAGGGUAGGAUGACGUCAACCUAUGGACGCUUUAUCGAAUUGAGCAAAAAUUCUCGCUCGGCCGCGAAUGAAAUGCAGUCCUCGAUUCAGUCGUCAGUGCAACAGUUUACCAGGCGAAUGGAGGAGUUUAAUGAUCUGUAUGUUGGCGGUUCUGCCACCGAAUAUGCAAAGGCAGCUACCGACAUGUACAACUCUUACCUAACCACUCUCUCCGAACAAACGAAGGUGAUCGAAACGAAACUAGAACAAACACGGUACACGUUCAGCGACAAUGCGCUGGCAAGCUUUGGCAGCGCGCUAGCAUCGGGCUUCAGAGUAAUGACACAGGCACUUCUGUCCACCAUACAACAAGCGACCAACAGAACCCGUGUAUCGUGCAGCGAGCAGUUAUUCAAUAAUUUCAUCAACAAUUUCGGCAACUUUGUGCGGAACAAUUUUUGUGAGUGUAUUUCCGGCGGUGAGUUUGACAUAUCGACAGCCACCAACACCCAGAUGACGAAGGUUAGAGACAUCCAGAGAGAUGUAGCGCAAUAUUUUAACCAACUUACCAGCGCUGUUGGCGGGCUGUCGAAUUCUAGCCCCGUCAGUGUUCGCAUGCAGCUGGACACGUUUCUGACAGCGUUCUUCAGCCAGAGCAACAACGUAACGCCCACCAUUUUGCAGCAGUUGGUCAACAUGGCGACCGAUCUUAAUGUCAGUUACAAUCUUCUGGUCGGCCGAUCGCGUUACUGUUUGACGAUGGAUGUGGCCGUGGCAGAGCGAUUGGCAUUAAACUUUUCUGCGGCAAUGGCUGCCUGUAUGGUUUAGAUUGGUAUAAAGAAAGGCAACAAAGUCCAUUCGGUGUAGAGUAAGUGUAUUUCACAAUAUGGAAAUAAAAAAGAGGAAAAAACAA